CGGCUGACCCCGCGCCGCCUCCCGGGCCCUGCUGGGGCUGCUGGGCGGGCCGGAGGCGGCAGGGAGCCGCUGGCGGCCGGUACCCCGAGGCGCGGGUGUGGAGCCCGUAGGAAAGUCCAUCUGUCUAUGUGUGCCCAUUCUUCCUUGGGAGAUGUCCAAUGUUUCAAAUUACGCUCUUCGAAUGGCCCGGCUGAGUGCUCAGAUAUUUGGAGAAGUUGUCAGGCCAACUGACUCAAAAUCUAUGAAAGUAGUGAAGUUAUUCAGCGAGCAGCCUAUCGCCAAGCGGAAGGAGGUCUACAACUGGUAUCCUCCUCACAACACCUACCAUGGCCUCAUGAAGAAACUCCGUUACUUUGGUCUCUACAGGGAUGAGCAUCAGGACUUUAAGGAGGAGAUGAGGCGAUUGAAAAAGCUCCGUGGGAAGGAAAAACCAAAGAAGGGGGAAGGGAAGAGAGCUCUCAAGAAGAAAUAGUGCUGCUUGGACAAUAUAACAAACUACUCUGGAAACGCUGGAGAACAGCUGUAACACAGACUUUCUGCUCCAAAAUGGAGAGGGCUUGGCAUGUGAGCUGUGUGUGGGGCACAAGAAACACCCUGUGAAAUACUGGAGUCCACCUUGGGAGUGCACUUGGGUCUUUGUGGUUUUUUUGUUUUUUUGAUUACUGUAUAUUGUACCACAUUAGUUUGUCAGAGCCCUCUCUUACCCACGGAGUAAAAACAACAGUAAAAAACCAA